ACCCACGUGUCACACUGUUAGUACUUUCAAAAAACAUAGUGGCAAAUAGAUAUGACGGUUUCUGUUGUACCUUCCGUGUCAAUCUCUUCAUUUCUCCGACAAACCCGAAACGCUAGAACCUUCCCCAUUACAUUGAUCCGGUGCUCCUCAUCAAAAUCAUCGACCAUGGAGGAGCAUCCAAAGCGCGUGGUGGUCUGCGGCGGCGGAGUCAUCGGAGUCUGCACGGCUUAUUUUUUAGCGAAGAGAGGCGCCGCCGUGACGCUCGUAGAGAAAUCCGCCGUGGCAUGCGCCGCUUCCGGAAAAGCCGGUGGGUUUCUCGCUCUCGACUGGUGCGACAGUGGGGCCCUCUCUUCUCUCGCCCGCGCCAGCUUCGAUCUCCACCGUUCACUAGCCCAAGAACUCGACGGCCCCCAAUCCUACGGCUACAGACCCCUCACCACUCUCGGCCUCUCCAUCGCCGAAACCGAGUCCCAAGCCACUCCCUCCGCCUCCGUUUCCAAACCCUCCAGUGUGCCUAAUUGGGUUGAUGGGCCGGUUCGGAGCCCCAAAACCAUUGGGACCCCUGAUACCACGGCCCAAGUUCACCCCCAGUUAUUCACUCGGACCCUGAUUUCGAAAGCGGUUGAGAAUUACGGUGCGGAGGUGGUGAUUGGGAAAUUGGAGAGCGUGGAGGUGGAGGAAGGCCGAGUCAAAUCGGUGGCGCUCGAAGGUGGCCGAGUUAUUGAGUCGGAUGCGGUGGUUUUGGCGCUUGGACCUUGGUCUUGUAAAUUGGAGCUGUUGUCAUCGAUAUUCAGAGUGCACGGUUUGAAAGCUCAUAGCAUUGUUUUGGAGCCUAAAAACCCCGAUGCUAUAACCCCACAUGCACUUUUCCUAACUUACCACCCAUCUCAAAGAGGAAAACCCUUGGACCCUGAAGUGUAUCCUCGUCCCACAGGGGAGGUGUACUUGUGUGGCAUGUCUGCGGAGGAAGAGGUACCGGAUGAUCCGGAGCAAAUAGUUGGGAACCCGGAGGCGAUAAAGGUGCUUAAGAGGGUGGCUAAGACUGUGUCGAGUCAAUUGGGGGAAGGAGAGGCGGAAGUGAAGGCGGAGCAAGCGUGUUUCUUGCCUUGUACUGAUGAUAGUGUGCCUGUGAUAGGGGAGGUUCCGGGGAUUCGAGGUUGUUACGUGGCAACUGGCCAUAGUUGUUGGGGUAUUUUGAAUGGUCCUGCCACUGGGGCUGCAAUGGCUGAGCUUGUGUUGGAUGGGCGUGCUUCAAUUGUGGAUCUUACUGUGUUUAGUCCUGCUAGAUUUGUUGGGCGUAGCAGGAGAGGAAAGCAUUCCAGUGCUUCGGAGAAAGAUGAAACUCGAAUGAUCGUGUUGGCUGGUGCAUGUGGAAGGUGUUAUUGAUUCUUAACAUGCAAAAGGAAGAUUUCUUCAAUUCGGCGAUUUACGGUUGGAAUAAGUUUAUAGGCAAUUUGUUCAUUGAAAUGAGAAGAGCCCCCCUUGUUCUAUAUCUUCAUUUGGAAAGUUCAAUUUUCAUUCAAAUUGCACCAGUUGGGUGAAUUAUAGUUUUGCUCAAUGUAAGGGGAAUAAGGAGAAAAAAUCCAGAUAAGAUUGGGGCAACAGGGGAAGAAGAUAGAAUUAUGAAACUUGGCCAAUUAUCAUUGCUUAUGACUUCUUAGAUUUGCCAAUGGCGCCAAUUAGAAU